AAUGGUGAAUAAAAAUCCAAACGGAGACGUCACCUUUAUCAUUUAACAUAAAACAAAUAAGUUUUCUCGACAGUGAAAACAGAAGUUUUAUAUUUCUGCAAGAAACACACAGUUAAUUAUAAAUGUACCACUUUUCCUUUUUGCUCCAAACUCUACAAAAAUAAUCAGCAAGAAUAUUGGAAAACUGAACACAAUGGAGGUCCCUGAGAUUAAUGGAAAGAAGCAAGCGGCAAAAUUGGAGUCUCUAGACAACUUUAUAAAGAAAUUGGCAGAAAAACUGCCUGAGAACUCUGGAAAUGGGGCACCUCGAUUGGAAAUUCGACGAACAUCUGACCUAUUUGAUGCUCUGCAGCAGGCCCUUUCGACCCCACCAUCCCUUCCAGAAAAUCCACCCCAAGCUCACCCAGAGAACUCCUCAAUCCCGAGGAGACUCAUUCAUGUUGAGAUUGAGGGAGCUGAGAAUCUGCCCAAAUUCCAAGGGAGGGUUAGUAAGAAACUGAGGAAGAAACACAAAAGCCACGUUCGAUGUGUUAACCAGGAUCCCAGUACUUUUGUCACAUUUGAAGCAUUUCCCAGUGCUGAGGAAUCCACUGCAGCAAAGAUCUUCUCAACGGGAGUCGUUGAGAAGAACUGCAAUCCGCUCUGGAAUUCGCAUUUCAGUGUCUUUCUUCAUCUGAAUGUUCAGAAUCUAUCCCUAAAAAUCUGGAGAAGAACCAAUGGAAACUCAAAUCAGUCUGAUGUACAAAUUGGGACAGCAACAGUUGAUAUCCUCAGCAGUUUGGGUGAAAAAUGGGACAUUGUGGAUUCCUCUGGUGAAAAAAUGGGAAAAUUGAGGGUUAGAUUAUUUCCAGCAAAAGAGCCUGCAGAUUUGUCAAUGGAUUCUGAGGAUUCUCUAACAUCUGAUCUGGAUCCUGCACUGUCGAGUCUCAUUUUUCCCGCAUCUACGGACACAGAGUUUGGGAAUGUGUCCUUUAGUAGGGCUCUGAAGAGGAAAUUCACAGAACUUGAGGAGAUCUCACAGAGACUGAAGGCUCGACUGUAUGACAUCACUGGAGAUGCCAAUGUCGAUCCUGAUGAUGAAUUUGAACAUGAUCUCAAUACCAUGGCCGAGGAGGAAGAUGUUCCUGAGAGUGAGAGUCCAGGAACAGCUUAUGCCUGGUUGGGUCUCAACGAUGAUGAGAAACGCAAGUAUGUUCAUACUGAAGUAACAAAGGAGCUGUUUGUGGACGUUGUCGACGGCCCUGCAAACUGUUUAACCGAGAAAAGGAAUUUGGCCAACAACGAUAUCAACCUCAUUCAGACUGCACUUGCACAAACGGCUAUAACCGAAGGACGGACAAUUGAUGGUGAAAGUGACUGCCAAGUAUACGAUAAAUAGGCAAUUUUGGAUAAAAAAAAUAUUAAAAUGUAUUUGAAAUGGUUUGUGAAUGAAUCUUUAGAAAAAAUUAAAAAUAAAAUUUUUAGAAUGUAA